GACCGCCUCCCGAAUGAGCUCGGUGACAGCCCAACACUCUCUGCACCAGCGUCGGUCAGUCCAUCUCAUCUGAGCCCUCAUGUAUUCGAACGGUAGCUGCGGGGAUCGGGGUGAAGGAAAGCGACACAUUGCCGCUUUGGUCCUGGCGAGAGGCGGGAGUAAGGGGAUCCCUCUGAAGAACAUCAAGGUGCUGGCUGGAGUUCCCCUCCUCGGCUGGGUCCUGAGGGCAGCACUGGACGCGGAUGUGUUCGACAGUGUUUGGGUCUCAACGGACCAUGACAAAAUCGAGGAAGUCGCCAAAGCGUGCGGGGCCCAAGUCCACCGCAGGAGUCCUGAAGUUUCCAAAGACUCGUCCACUUCACUAGAUUCCAUUGAAGAGUUCCUCCGAGCCCAUCCAGAUAUAGACAUCAUCUGCAACAUACAAGCCACUUCUCCAUGUCUGCAUCCAUAUCAUCUGGCCGAGGCCUUGGCGCUCAUCACUGAGAAAGGCUUUGAUUCCGUCUUUUCUGUGGUGAGGAGACACCAUUUCCGCUGGCAGGAGAUCAAGACAGGAUCUGAUGAGAUGACCAAAGCGUUGAAUCUGGACCCGUCUAACAGACCGCGGCGCCAGGACUGGGAUGGCGAGCUUUGUGAAAACGGCUCCUUUUACUUCACCACCAAAGACCUCGUCAUGAACCAGGGAAUGCUGCAGGGGGGGAAAGUGUCCUACUAUGAGAUGCUGCCAGAAUACAGUGUGGACAUAGACGUGGAUAUCGACUGGCCAGUUGCAGAACAAAGAGCUCUCAGGUUUGGCUACUUUGGUCGGGUCACGCCUGAGGUGGUUCGGCUGAUGUUCUGCCAGGUGUCUGGCUGCUUGACUGAAGGGAAGAUCUUCUUGUCCGUGUCCGGGGAGGAAAUGAUGUCCAUCAAUAGCAGAGACAUUGUUGGCAUCCGGAUGUUGCAGAGGAACAAUGUCGAGGUGGUGCUGUUGAUCUCCAGUGAAGACCCGGUGGCCCAGUCUCUGACUGAAAAACUGACUCAGAGGACCGGCUGUGUGGUUGUUCAAGUCGGAGAGGAGCCUCUUAAUGACUUGACUGCUCAGGUGGAGGCCAAGCAGCUCAGCUGGAAGGACGUGGCUUAUAUGGGCAAUGAUGAAACAGACAUCAGCUGUCUGAACCUCGCCGGCCUGAGCGCCGUUCCCAGCGACGCCCCCAUGGUCGCCGCCAACGCCUCCAAGUACACCUGCCAUAGAGUGGGAGGAAGCGGCGCCGUCAGGGAGUUUGCGGAGUACAUUCUUCUUCAGAAGGAGAAGGCAAAGUCAAAGGUGACGCAGGGCCGCAGCUACAGCACCAGCAGCACCAGCAGCACCAACUGAUUUCACAGCGUCACUCACAUCAAUCCAGAGCAUGACAAACAGACGCGACGUCUGCGACCGGGAAACCCGCAAUGAGAUGAAAUAGAAGCCGUUUUAAAGCACUCUAAUUUAUGAUUUUAUUUGACUAUCUAUCGCGCUUACCUCCAAAUACCUUGUUUUGAAGACUGCAUCUUCCUUCAAGCUAAUUUAACUCUCACUAAGCUUGAGUUGUAUGUUGCAUAAAAGUAAGAAGUUACAUGGAAAUGCUGCUUGAAGGAGCAAACUGGAGUCUAAAAAUAAUGUGUUUUUAAGUUAAAUGAAGGAGCCAGGGAGGAUUUAAGUUUAUACACGGUUUGUUCUAUGUUGAUGAAGGUUGGUGUUGGGGAUCAUUUAAGCUUUACUGAGAUCAUGGAGGGCUCCCAUGACUGCUGGUUAUUAUUAGUGAUGUCCUCACUGCCUUGUGAAUGCAGUCGUACACGAUACAUGGAGGAAAUGUAUCAAACCAACUGUGUUCAGUUCCACAUGAAGAAGUUGAAUCCCAAAUCUGUGCAUCUGUAUUUAUUGGUUUUUGAUUGUAACUGUCUGUCUGUGCCUGUUGUUAAAUUAUGACCGGGCCGGGGGUGAUUCUUUGAAGAACUUUUAAUGAAGUGGCCUGCUGAAG